AAAGCCCUUACGCAUGGUUUCACGUUCGCACGUGCGCGGUGUUUCCACCUCGUGUGAGGCAAACGAAUCGUUUUGGCGAAGUAUCGGAAUUCCGGAAGCUGCGAGGAGAUCAGUGGGAGAGCGGCAGAGAGGGCAAAUGGUGAGGGUAAGCGCAAAGCUUCUGAAGGAAGCAGGGUCCGGGCUCAACAAGACUCUCUCUCAGAUUCUCGUCUGUCCGGUAUCUAAGCAACCCUUACGGUUCUGUGAGGAAACGAAUUCUCUUAUAAGUGAUGCCAUUGGAGUUUCCUUUCCCAUAAAAGAUGGAAUCCCCUGUUUAGUGCCUCAGGAUGGAAAAAUAUUAGACAUUGAGGGCACUAACAAUGCUGCGGAGUCACCAGGGAAAAAGGAGUAAUAUAGAGGAGGCAGUUCUUCUCCUGAGGUGUGUGAAUUGAGAAUGUUAAUGAUCAUCAAAUGAGUUAAUUGCAAUUUACGAUAUGCUUAUUUCCUAUUGAUCGAUUUUGCACAUGCCAAAUGGAAGAUCGGAGUGAUUUGACUCUAGAAUGGUCAUUUUAGUUUUGUGGAAAAAUGUCUAAGAGGAAUUUAUAUUCGAACUAUUUAUGAGUCAAAACUCUUUAACAUAUUUAUAAUGAAAGAGUUAUUAGUCUCUCGGAGGUAUCUUUACCAGUUUAUCUGGUAAGAACAUGUUUGAAUUUUAUGGAGGUUGCUGUGAUUAUGUACAAAACUUGUGCUCAAGCUUUCUUAGUUAUGUACCUUUACCUAAAGGUUGAUAGUGCUAUUUAACUAGAUAUUUCUAAUUUCACGCUAA